GCACACAAGGUCGGGUGGAUUAUUUCGGGGGCAUUUGCACUGGCAGCCACUAUCAUCUCGAGCAUCCACAUCGCUUACCAUCUGCGUCACUAUACGAAACCUCGGCAGCAGCGGCACAUCGUGCGCAUCAUUCUGAUAAUCCCCAUCUACAGUAUCAUUUCGUUCUUGAGCUACCGCUUUUAUCGCGAGGCGCCGUACUACACAGCGGUGCGAGACUGCUACGAGGCAUUCGCAAUUGCGGCGUUCUAUAUGUUGUUGCUCCAGUACAUCGGCGACUCGUCAGCCGAGCAAAAGCGCAGUAUGCUCGAAAAGCGCGGGCUGAAGUGGACUUUUCCGUUCAACUGCUUUGAAAUGAGGCCCGCCGGGCGGCGCACAUUCGUCCUGCUCAAGUGGGGCAUCCUGCAGUACGUGAUUGUCAGCCCUGUCAACACGCUGGUCACAAUUAUCACACACGCCAAUGACGUGUUCUGCCCAGACAGUAUGCGGCCAAAGUACGCGCACUUCUGGGUCGCCAUCAUCGACUUUGUCUCUAUCUCUGUAGCCAUGUACUCUCUGGUGUCGCUGUACCGGGUUAUCAAGGAAGACGUCAAGAACGAAAAGCCCUUUCUCAAGUUUGUCGCCAUCAAAGCCAUUGUGUUCCUGACUUUCUGGGAGGGCUUUAUCUUUUCGUGGCUCGGAAGUAACAAUAUUAACGUCAUCAAGGGCACAAAGUACUGGUCAAAGGACAACGUGGUUGCUGGUCUGACAGCACUAGUCAUCUGCAUCGAGAUGGUGCUAUUUGCUGCACUGUUCAUCAAGGCAUUCCCUGUCCGGGCAUACAAACGCCCUGAUGGCACGCACAGGACGCCCAUGCGCCGCGCCUUUAUUGACUCACUUAACUUUGGUGACUUCUUCAUCGAGAUCUGGUACCAUCUGCGCUGGCUCGCCGCACCAAUCACGCGCCGGUAC